UUAGGGUUCCUGUGGAGAAGGGCAAUGGCGACCACGCUGGCCAAGAGGCCAAAGCUGUCGGGGCUGGGCGAGUCGCCAGGCGCUCCAAGCGCGGCGCCAUUCUCAUCGCCCUACUCGCCCAUCUCGCUCACAUUCACCCUCAACGUUAUUUCCUGUGGCUUCUGCAAGGAGGUUCUCGUCAGCUGCAUUUACCAGUGCCGGAACCAUCACCUCGUCUGCGCGCAUUGCCGCAACACCGAGCGGAGGUGGUGCUCAUGCCCCGGCACCGUCGAGAGCUUCCGGAACGAGGCGCUGGAGCGGCUGGUUGGCUGCUUCUCCGUGCUGUGCUCCAACUCGUCCUUUGGCUGCCCGGACGCGUUCCCAAUCUAUGCGCGGCGAGCUCACGAGGCCAGGUGCUCCUUCGCCCCCCGGAGGUGUGCGAGCUGCAGCUUCACCGGCGCGGCGUCGCAGUUUAGCUCCCACUUCAGCGACCACCACCGCUGGAACAUCAUCGACAUCCCGGACUACAACGUCGAGUUCGGCAUGGCGCUCAAGGGCAGCGAGGCGAGGGUCAUCCCCGUCCGGAUUGGAUCGUCCGAGGCGAUGUUCCUCAUCCACUUCGAGCAGCAGGGAUCCUCCGGCCGCCUCUAUCCGUCCGAGGUUGCUCGCCACCAGGAGAACGUCAAGGUGAGCAUCUCGGUUUUCAAGGGCGGGGAGGUGGAGCUGUGGAUGAAGUGCGUGCCAAAGAGCAUGGCCAAGGCGGAAGCAGGGCCGUAUUUGUGCGUUCCAGACUACUGUCAUCUUCCUGAUGGACGCAUAUGGACCGAGAUUUGCAUCAAGCGCGGCUAGAACAGCGCUAGCCUACUCGAGAUUCCGCUUUGGUUUUUUUUUUUUUCUUGGCUCAUACCCGGAAGAUCAGCGUAGACUUUUCAUUUGUAGCACAUGUAAAUAGACUUGUGAGACGUGGUGCUCGCAAUACGCGUGAAGGAACGCUUCUCAGCGUUUUUUCGUUGUCGUUUCGUAGAAGCUUUUCUUCGUCAAACAAGAUCUCCAAACAGUUGCUCUCC